CCUGCUAGCGCCUCGGUACUCCCGCGUACCUACCCCACAGCGUUCUCGCAACAAUGGUGCGCCCCCUCCCAUACCUCGUUGGCGUCAUGGACAAACUACCGCAGGAGCUGAUCAAUCAUAUUGUCCGUCUCACAGAGCGUUACCCAGACCAGGAACAGUGGGCUUCUGCAAUAGGACAAUCUUUCGAGCCUAAUGGUUCGCCAUCUCAAUUUCCUCGCCUCGCGAUCCUCAAUCGCAGCUGGAAGGAAGCAGUCGAGACCAUUACAUUUCACCGUCUAGGCGUCAAAAGCGAUGAGCUGGAAUGUCUUCAGUCGAUUGUAACAGGAAAUCGCCGCAACUACCUUUCCUGGAUCAGUUUCAAAGCGGAAUUGCCAACAUAUCCGGAAGAAGCAUAUGAACACAAGGAGUCACGACUUGAUCAACAUGCCAACAACGAGGCUUUUACAAAAACUAUAAGCGAUCUUUUCACUGUGUUGCGAACCUGGGAAGACAACGGUGUGAAGAACGGAGUGCGACUUAUAAUUGCUGGAGCUUCGUCGCCGACCGACUCUCGGGAAGUGGAUGAGCUCCAGAUCGAGCUUGGUGUCAGCAGAGAUAUUCAAUCCGCUCGUUGGGCAGAGUCGCACCUGCGCCUUGUUCAAACCGACAAUCUGCCUACAUUGUCUAAUCUGCAGCACCUUACCAUCGAGCGUACGGGCGUGCGAAGCCUUGCACCAAGCGUUGCACCAGAUUUAGCGGUGGCAAUGCCAGAGCUCAGGACAGUGGACUGGGAGUUUCCAGACUACGAGGCUGGUUCUGACGCGGGGUCGGAUCAGGACUCGUUGGAUUCAGACUAUGAUCCGGCGUGGGAAUUGGCGACAUCUCCCAAGGCGCGCGGUGAGGCGCGCGCUGAAUUUGCUAACAAGCUCUCGCCGACACAUUUCCGCUCACUCCAUUCUGCCAAUAUUGUCUUUUGCCACGGCACUCCUUCAGAUCAGAGGUAUACAGUUCCGAGCAUUGUGCCAGAAGGCUACACAUACGACCCGUUCAGUUCAUCAAUCCGAACCUUCUCACAAUGUCUUACAACCCUUACCCUGAGUGCGCACGUCGACCCAACGCUAUUCUGGCCAUCAGACGAAAACGCGAUGCCACCGUCUUGGCCACACUUGAAGUUCCUCGACAUCACGUUUGACAUGGUCGCUCCAUCAGGCAAAUGGUACUUCACUGGUCCAACACCGGCCUACGAUUCCGACGACGACCCCGUGCGCGGGAUUAUCGGAAGUGUCGAUACGCGCGAGUUCAGCUGGGCAGACUUCCGGCAACACCCCGACCCACAAACCUUCGAUCCUUUUCUCGGCGCGCUUGCAAAAGCCGUUGCUCAGAUGCCCGUUCUCGAGUCCUUCAUGCUUGCAUCUGACAUGGUGGGUAAGACAGGGAAACUGCAAAUUGCAUAUCAUGCGCCAGGCCAGAGAGCGGAGUGGGGUGAUGAGGGACCGGAGGAUAAAGAGCAUAGGAGGAUUUACUACGCGUGUGAGACUGGAAUAUGGGUGCCAGAGCCAAAUACCUCCGAAGGGCUGAAACGCGCAGGACUUCAAAAGUUCGGUGGGGAAGCAAUCGAGCGAUACGUUGGAAGUCAGUACUAUUGAAAGUGAGUGGGUUGAGUACGCACGUAGGAAUAUAUGUCUGGACGCGGCUAUGAGGCCGCUGGAGAGUUAUUGUAGCGUACUGCCUGUUAGAACAUGAGAAUGAAAGUGAGCUUGAGGUAGAAAGGAGUCUAUUGGCUAGACUUGGGUAUGCCUCGGGUUUGGAUCGCGGACCCGUCCCCUACAUCCCGGAUUUUGCACCAUCACUCCUUGCCGCUAUUCACUCCUUGCCUAUAAUGCGCAGUGGAAGUCGCGUAAGUAAUGAUACUGAAAUCUAGGAAACUGUAUCACAGAACGCCAGGGAAGUGAAUGAUGAGACGUUGAACCUAUUAUGAGACCCAAUUGGUUACCUUAUAUACGCCUGGUCCUCUCUGAGUGUUUCUCUCUGAGUGCUUGAACGUUGGAUGGACUUUGAAUUCGCUGUAGAUGUUGAGAUGAGAGAUAUUUACUGAUUCGACGAACAGUUCCUUCAC